ACGUUCUAAAAUCAUCUAUAAACAAUAUAUAUAUAUAUAUACACAUAUAUAUAAUAAUAUAAUUGAUUAAUAUUUGCAUUCAUUUUUAUUAGAUUUAAUAUACCUUAUAAUACAAAUAUACAAAUAACCAUUCUAUUUAAUCAUACGAAAAUAAAAUAAGUCAUCAUUAAACAUUAAAAUCAUAUAAAAAAUUAAAAAUAACAAAAACGCAAUACUUAAAUAUUAAAUAGCUUAACUAAAAUAAAAAUCAUAACAUCAAGUCAUAACCAAUUGGAAAGUUCUAGCGUUUCCAAAAUAAAAACGCAAAUUUCCAAUAUAUUUUCAAACUGAAAUUUUUAAAAAACGAGUUUCCAAUGUAUUUCCGUGAGUUUUCGAAAAAUUCCAUUUCCGAAACGUGAAACGGACCUUCAACCGAGUUUCCAUGCAACAUAGCAAGAAUCAAAGAGCUCAUGUUUUUCUUCCAAAUACAUCAAACAACUAAUGAAUAACGUUUGAAUCCGACGCACAUAUAUUGUCGAGAUUCGAGAGCUUAAACAGUUUAUCAAUUAUUUUCUUGAAAUAGAACCUAUAAUAGUCACUUAUUGAUUUAUUAACACACGCAUAUUCUUUUACGAAAAGUUUAAUACAGCUUAACUAAGAAAAAACAAACCACAGUAAGUCAAUAUUACUAUUAAUCCCUGUUUGGAAACUCGCUAGGCGUUACGCGUACGCUCGGCUUACGCCUAGUGCCGAAUGAAAAAAUCGGAGAUUUUGCGGAAAUUAAUCGGCGUUUUAUUUUGGAUAUAUAGUAUAUAGUUGUAAUGAGUUACAUCGAAGUUUACUUAGUGUAGUGGUUGGGAUUUCUUUUAAUUAGGGGAUUAACCCGGGUUCAAUCCUGAAAGAGAGCAUUACAAUUUGAUUUUUAAUAUUUAGGUUAAAUGAAGGGUAAUUUCGUCAUUUACGUGUCAUCUUCUUCCUUACACCUUUAGGUUUUCUGCAAUUAGAAACUCGACGGCCCCCCCUAUUUUGACGAGUUAUAGAUCAAUUUUCUUCAUUUUUUUUGCUGUUUUCAUGUAAACUUCACAAAUCAUAUGUAUGUUUGUCGAUUUAAAGGCCGAAAUGAGUAAUAACUUAAGAUUUUUCAGAGAUCCGAUUUUUUUCACCGAAUUGACGAAAUUCGCCACGCUUUAUGGCCGGAUAACGCUUUUCCGGCGAGUUUACGGUCUUAGGCGGCGCGUUUUAGAACAGGGCUAUUAAUAUACUACAAAGAAGCGGAUAUGAAAAAAAAGAAAAAAAAAAAGAAGCGGAUAUGCAUCAUUGAUAUCAUGCAUGUGUAGUCGUGUAAAGAGCAAGCAAGAAAUCUGCUCUUAGAAAAUGGAGAAAAUAAAUAGUAAAGCUGGAAUUGGGCAACUCUUGUUCCCUUCCUUUAGGGCAUAUAUCUCCAUAAACAGUCUUUAUAGAUCCGCUGUCUCUGGCACUCACUUCAGUGCUUUUUUGACGGUAGAAUGUGUUUUUUACAGAACCGUUUGGAUCUGAGUAACUAAAUAGAUAUUCACGUGGAUGAUGUAUACUCCAUUUGUAAUUCUAUGGUUACUGGAAAUAAUCUAAAUGUACUGUUUAAUGGACCCUACUCGAUCUAUUGAGCAUUGGGAUCACAUGCCAAACUCAGGUGGACGUAUAGAAGGUGUUGGUGACGAAGCCCGCCAAAGCACCGUACAUCUUAGGUUGACGUAUGACUCUUUUAGCUAGUAAUCCAAAUUUACAGUGUAUGAGAGCUCUUUUCAAAAAUAUCAACCACUGAACAAAGAUGUAUUCCUUAUUCCUCCCCCAAGUUAUUGUGGAUACUUACUAAGAAGACUUCCAUCGGAGAGUCUUCAACAUGUGAGUCCCACUACAUGUAGAAAUGUAAGUAUGUAAACUAAUAAUAUUUAAUUAUGGAUAUUUCAAAAUGAAAAAGUCCAUUUAAGAUAUCUUAGCAUAGAGUUUCCAUUAUUUUGAGAUACUCGAACCAGUUAUUCAUAAUGUUUUAUUUUUAACAUGUUUUGAAAAUUUGUGUGAAAUAGUGCUCCAACAAGAAAAAUUGACAGUCGAAUAGAAGUAUUAUUUUCAACUUUUUUUUGGUCAAAGUUUUUUAUUUUUGGGUGUAAAUGUUAAGUUUUUUUUUUUUUGGUAAAAGUUAUUUUCAACUUAACAUGAAGGAUCAUAUUAUAACCUCUUUUGUACUGUUAAUGACAGAGCCAACCACAUUCGAAGGAUGAAUUCACUUUUGUAACUUGUAGGUGCAAUGUAUAUAUACCAACAAAAGCAUUAAUAAUUGUCGACAACAAAAUCAUACCCAAAGGAUACUCCUCACGUUUGGCAUUCUUUAAAAAUUGCUAAAUUAACAAAAAAAGAACCAUUGGGUUCGUUUUGGCUGGCCCUUCAUGUGGGGAAUGGAUCUGUAUCUUUUCUCUUUUGUCAUCUCUGGCUACUGUAGUGUCCCGAUCGCUGCUGCAUGUGUCUUUCCACGUUUUUAUGCUUUACUCUUGACAUGUAGAUUUUACUUUUGUCAGAUGGCUGAGCUAUUCUUCGCUACAUUUACAAUGUUUUAUCGAAAUUUUUUUAUAAGGAAAAAAUAAUUUAAAAUCUUAUCCGCACAGGAGAUCAUAUCUCGUUAAACUAGCUAAUCUCCUCUGCGUUUUUCAUUCUAUCCAAAAAGUAUCGUCUACGUUUCUAUUCAAAGAAAAAGUUAUACGUUGCUAUUUGCUAUUGUUCAAACUCAUGAUCUUCAAUAUUUCAUUAACUGGGUGACGAAGACGAACCAUAAUACUAGUUUUGUCGUUAUCUCGUUUUUCUUUCGGGUUCAAUAUUGCAAGACCGUCACAAAACAUUUUCUUGUGUUUUGUCUUUUUAGUAUGGACCGAAAAGGCAUUUGUAUUAGUGUCACUCUUUUUCAAACUAUAAUGAGAAACUAAUUUUGACACAUAAUUCGAUUAGCAAGAUUUUUUAAAAUGCAUGCUAAUCACGAAUAACCAAAUUAUUUAUUUUUUAAAAUAUUGACUCACAAGCACAUUCAUUAAUAUCUUGAAUAAAAGUGCUAGCAAAAAAACCUCCAUUUAACUGCUAACAUUAUUGAACUCUAUUAAGGUGGAUGGAAUAUUCAUUAGAUAAUCACUUGGUGCUACGAAUCCUAGUUUUUUUUCUUCUUAAUUAUAAUCGAGGUUAUUAGUAUUCAGUUUGUAUAGAAACUGAUACAGAAACAUGAAUACGCAAAUUGAAAAUCCGAUUGAUGUGACAAAACGAUAGCAAGGUUGUUGAUGAUAAGAUUCAUUGGAUAGAGGAAUGUUCUCGUUUUCUUUGCUUAACGGCUAACAAAACUUCACCAAUAGCUUUUGCUUAAACAAAAAUCUUGCCUCACCAAAAUGACAUUGACCACACUUUUCUUGCUUCUUCAAGGAUACAACUAAUAAACAAAUAUAAUUUUGACCAAAAAAAACUACUAAACAAAUAUAAUAUGUCAAACAAUUAAAAAAACAGAAGAUAUAUAAAAAACAAGAAGAUAGUUUAACUGCAUGUUAUUAAACAUCAUUUUCUCAAAUUUAUCAUUUAUACACUCACUUACUCACCCCCUAAAACUCAUCUCUCUAAAUGUAAAACCCAACAAUAAGAACUAAUCCUAUGCUUCUAAACUUACUAUUAGCGUUCAUACUUCUGAUGGGUCGGGUCAGCUCCGACCCGGACCCGCUACAAGACUACUGCGUAUCUCCUCCUCUUUCACCUCACCAACACAUCUUCCUCAACGGCAAUCUAUGCAAAGAUCCAACAAAAGUCACCGUCUCCCACUUCACAACCUCCGCAUUGUCAAAACCCGGAGAUACUCGGGCCAACCCCUUUAUGACCAACGUCACUCUCUCUACAACCGCCAAUCUCCCGGGUCUCAACACAAUGGGCCUCACGAUGGGCCGUAUCGACUUUGGCGCCUCUGGCGUAGUCCCACCGCACGUACACCCACGCGCCUCCGAAGUGACGGUCUGCCUAGACGGUGUGCUUCUGGUCGGUUUCGUGGAUACGUCAGGUCGGGUCUACCAGGAGCUUCAUCCGGGUGAGACGUUCGUGUUUCCCAAAGGGUUGAUACAUUUUCUGUAUAACAUCGAUACAGUGAGCUCGGCUUUAGCUGUCUCUGGGCUGACUAGUCAGAAUCCUGGGACACAGUUUGUGUCUAUGGUCUCUUUGGAUUCAAAACUUCAGAUUCCACAAGACGUUUUGAAGAGGCUUUACCAUAUCAAUGACCAGGAAGGAUAUGUUGCUAGUAUCCGCAAAAACCUUGGAGGCUGAUGUUUGUGUUUCAAAACUCCAAUGGUACAAUAAUAUACUUUAUAUCUUGUUGAGGAAAUUGUGGUUAAGUUAUUAACUAAUUGCUAAACUAUGUGUAAAUAUAUAUACGACCAAAUCUACAUGUAUAUAUAUUUAAUUGGAAUGAUAUAAUCUUCGUAUAGAGACUAAUAAACAUGAGAUGAUAUAUUUGUUGA